UGUGUGUGUGUAUGGGCAUGUGUUUGUGUGUGUGUGUAUGUGCGUGCGUGUGUGCACAUGGGCAUGCGUGCAGGUGUAUGUGUGUUCAUGUGCUAGCCUCUUGCAAGGCCAUGCAGACAUCACGUUCUCUUGGUCACUAAGGCUAAAUCUUAACUUGGGGUUGGGCAAUCUGUCUCAUAAUUGGACUUAAAAUGAUGGUGCCUUUCCUUGAGGCUUAGUUUUCCCAUGAGUCUCUGUUUCCUGGGAUUUCUGUAACAGUCCCCAGAAAGAUGUGGCUUUGACAAUAGGAACUUUCAAAUUAAUCUGGUGAGACAGAUAUGGUGGGUCAAGCUCAAAAACCCCAACAUUUGGUAAGCUGAGGCACAAGAAUAUUGACUUUAGAGCGGCAGCCGGCUUGGGGCGGUCCUGAGCUGGGUCACAUAGCUCAGGUCCCAGACUUGGGUCACACCGCGCUUUGCACCAUCCUCCGGCCGUCGCUCGCAGUCUCUCCGCCACCAUGCCUAUGUUCAUCGUGAACACCAACGUUCCCCGCGCCUCCGUGCCAGAGGGGUUUCUCUCCCAGCUCACCCAGCAGUUGACGCAGGCCACCGGCAAGCCGGCACAGUACAUCGCAGUGCACGUGGUCCCGGACCAGCUCAUGACUUUUAGCAGCACGAACGACCCCUGCGCCCUCUGCAGCCUGCACAGCAUUGGCAAGAUCGGUGGCAUCCAGAACCGCAACUACAGCAAGCUGCUGUGCGGCUUGCUGUCCGAUCGCCUGCACAUCAGCCCGGACCGGGUCUACAUCAACUAUUACGACAUGAACGCAGCCAACGUGGGCUGGAACGGUUCCACCUUCGCUUGAGCCCGGGCCUCACUUAACCUGCACCGCUGUUCUUCGAGCCUUGCUGCACGCAGCGUUCUGUGUUUAUCCACUCGUAAUGAUGGUCAUCUUCCAGUCGGGAGAAAUAAACCGUUUGAGACCAAAAAAAAAAAAAAAAAAAAAAAAAAAAAAAAAAAAAAU